GAACAAAGAGAUCCCUUUCAUUCUUCCUUCAAUCCCGAAAUCUGUUUUCUUUUUCCCCUUAAAUUAAAAUUAGUUCCAGAUUUCAUGCGUUACUGUUUCUCCAGCUCCAAAAUCCCAUCCCUGAAAUGGGCAAUUACGGCGGCGGCAGUCAUACUGUUGACGAGAACGGCGCCGUUCUGCUGCGCCGGCGAUCCUCGAAUCGAAGAAGCUUCCCCGGUUUUGUGCGGCCGGAACAUGACCUCCACCUUCGUAAUCGCUCCCUUGUUCACCGCCGCCAUGGAAUCCCUCUCGCAGUCAGUCACCGCUCGCGGCUGGGGAUAUUCCGGCGUGGUCAAUUCCACUCUCAACGCCUCAAUCUACGCCCUGGCGCAGUGCUACGGCGAUCUCCCUCGCCGCGAUUGUCUCCUCUGCUUCGCCUCCAGCCGGACGAAGCUCCCCCGCUGCCUGCCGCGCGUCUCCGGCCGGAUUUUCCUCGACGGCUGUUUCAUCCGCUACGACGAUUUCGAUUUCUUCAACCAGAGCACCGAUCCGGAUCUGGACAGAGCGAAUUGCAGCAGUAGCGCGCGGGGGGAUGCGAAAUUCGAGGCGAAAGCGGGGAGGUUAAUUGCCCGCGUGGCCGGGACGGCGGCGGCGCGUGGGGGAUACGCGAGUGCGAAGGAGGACGGGGUGUACGGAUUGGCGCAGUGCUGGAAGAAGGUGAGCGGGGAAGGGUGUAGGGUUUGCUUGGAGAAGGCGAGGAGGGAGGCGAAGAGGUGUUUUCCGAGCAGGGAAGGGAGGGCGUUGAACGCCGGCUGUUAUUUGAGGUAUUCCGCCGUGAAUUUCAUCGGCAAUCCGAAUGAGGACGACGGCGGUGGCUCCGUGGUAUCCAAACAGGGAGUAAAGGCCGCAAUUGGUUCGAGUGUAACGGCGUUUAUUAUGGUCGUCGCAUUUGCUGGCUACACAUGUCGUGUCAAAGCACUCAAGAGAAAACAAGAACGGAGGAACCUUGGUGCUGUAUCGAGCGCAUACAACAGCUCAAAUCUAAACUUUAAGUAUGAAACUCUGGAGAAGGCAACGAACUACUUUGACCCAUCUACGAAGCUAGGGCAAGGAGGGGCUGGGUCUGUGUACAAGGGCACUUUGGGCGACGGGAGAAUUGUCGCCGUGAAGAGACUGUUUUUCAACACUAGACAGUGGGUGGAUGAGUUCUUCAAUGAGGUGAACCUUGUAAGUGGGAUUGAACACAAGAAUCUUGUCAAGCUUUUGGGUUGCAGCAUUGAAGGACCUGAAAGCCUUUUGGUCUAUGAGUUUGUGCCUAACAAGAGCCUUGCCUAUUACCUUUUUGAUGAGAACAGGGUCAAGACUCUAACUUGGAGGGAGAGGUUCAGCAUUGUGGUUGGGACAGCAGAAGGUAUAGCCUUUCUCCAUGAAGGGACUGCAACCAGGAUAAUCCACAGGGACAUCAAGACCAGCAACGUCCUUUUGGACGAAAACUUUUGUCCUAAAAUUGCUGAUUUUGGUCUUGCGCGCUGUUUUGCAGCUGACAAAACUCAUCUGAGCACGGGUAUUGCUGGGACACUAGGGUAUAUGGCUCCAGAAUACCUCGUCAAAGGACAGCUCACGGAGAAGGCUGAUGUCUACAGCUUCGGCGUGCUUCUUCUUGAGAUUAUUUCUGGUAGGAAGAGCAAUGCUUUUGUAGACGAUUCCGGCUCCCUGCUGCAAACAGUAUGGGGGCUUUACAAAAGCGAUAGGACCACUGAGUUAAUUGAACCUUGCCUUAGAGGCCACUUUCAUGAAAGUGAGGCGUCAAGAGUGGUUCAGGUUGGGCUCCUUUGUUGUCAAGCCGUAGCUUCUUUAAGACCAUCCAUGUGUGAAGUUGUGAAGAUGCUAACAAUGGAAGAUUAUGAAAUCCCCGAAACAACCCAACCCCCGUUCAUCAACUCCACCAUGUUGGAGGGUGGCUCCAUGAGGAGUAUAAAGGCUUUGGUUUCCAAUGCGCUUAAACUGCACGAUGUGUCCACCUCUCUCUCCACCACUGACCAAUCAUGUAGCAUGAAGAGUUCUUCCGAGGAGUUUCAGCGCCGUUAAGGUUUAAAACUGCUACACUCUACAAUUUUUUUUCCCCGGAGAUUGUUUUACGGACUGGUCAUUGAAUGGCCUGAAGAGGAUAGAAAGAGCAAAUGGUUAAUGCAGAUGAAAGGAUGUCUAUGUAUAAAUGCAUUUACUGAGAGGAAUAUAAGCAUUAUUAUUUUGUACAGAUUACCACUAAAAUAACUAGACAGAGACAAAAGAAAUCAUACUCUGUAUU